UCAGAUCUAGAUGUUUCUGAUGCUUUCACCAGCAUUCUUAAAAAUGAAGAAAUUUGGUCUAAUAUGUUGUUUGUCAAAACUUUGGCACUGAAUGAUCGUUUUAAUGGAGCUACCACCGAGGAAGAAAUUUUCUCAUACCUCUGGAAUCGUAAUGAGAUUCAGCAUUUGUUAAAUUUGAUAUCACAUAUGGAUAAUCAAUGCAAGACUAAAGAAGCUUCAGAGAAGGCUCGCAACAACGGUAAUGUGUUUUAUAAGUCAAAGCUAAUGAAAAUGGCUUUGUUAAACUACAACAUCAGUAUUCUGACAGCGCCUCAUCCACCGAUUUUAACAAAUGACAAAACUAAAGAUGUUUCUACAGGGGAUUCGAAGAUGGAACCAUACCCUACAGCAACUUUUACUGAUACAAAGGUAGCCUCAGUAAGUGAGAGAACAAGAAUAGACUUGGACAAUAAUUCAGGGAAUGGACAUGAUAAUUACAAAGGAAUAGGAAUAGAGUCCCCUCAUGAGAUAAUUAAGCUACAACAGGCCGUCUUAGCUCUGCAGAAUGAGGUGUCAUUACUUCGUGAACAAGUUGCAAUUAUGAGUGAAGAAAUUGCCAACCUGCAAAAGAAAGUGGCAACAAACGAAGAUCAAGAGCAUUGUACAGCAAGGGAGCUAGAGAACGAAGGUGUAGAUAACACAGAAUAUAGAGAAUUAGCAUUAGGAUAUGCCAACAGGUCUGCUGUGCUGUAUGAACUGCAACAAUAUGAAGAAUGCAUAAGAGAUAUUAAUUUGGCUCUGAAAUACGGGUAUCCUAAAUCUUCCCGAGAGAAAUUGAUGAAAAGGAGAACAAAAUGUGAGGCUGCCAUAAAGACUGGUCCAUAUGAAAGACUUCUAAGCAGCCGCUGCUCAUGUCAAGAAGUGCCUUUAACCAAUACACAGAUCCUGGGCGCAAGUGAAGCGAUUGAUCUCGCUUUCACUCCAGCAAAAGGCAGGCAUUUGGUUGCAAAGACCGACAUCCGUCCAGGUGAAAUUCUGAUGGAUCAUAAAACCUUGGUAGCCAUGCCUUUCAGCAAGCAAAUACUACGUUGCAGCACGUGUAAGAUUCGGUGCUAUGUACCUCUACCCUGCCCAAGUUGUUCUAUGGCCUUCUGCAGCGAAGUUUGUAGGACGCAGGGGCUUGCUGGCGAACAUCAGAAUGAGUGCAUUUUUUCAUUUGAAGAGGACGAAAGCUUCUGUCUCGUGAGAGAACUGAUGAUGAAGACCACUUUUGUCAAACUAAAAGACCUGGUUCCCAAACUCCGCACAGAAAAAGAAACACAACAUCCCUCACGGCUUGGUUUCAACGAGAAUGGUGUUUACGAUCCUUCUGACUACAGAACAUUCUAUCAUCUUCUCACCAAUAAGGAUAACCGUAAAAUUGACUCUCUUUUCAGUGACUGCAUUUUGGCAGUUAUGUUACUCAAAUUAUUGCUUCUCAGUGAAAAGUUCUUCACUAAUGAAGCUGGCAUUCCUUUCACACCAAGUUCUGAAGACCUCAUCUUUACAGGAGGUAUAUUGUUCCAUCACUUCUUAAAUAUAAAUGCAAAUAACGCCACUAUCAUGGAACUCGAGACUACUUCGGGAUCCUCGCUCUUUGCAGCAGAGAAAUCAGGAAGUCUAUUCUCUCCUCUCGUGGCGCUUAUGAAUCAUUCUUGCUACCCAUCGGCCAUGGUGACUACUUGCGGCAACAGGGCAAUUGUGAUAGCCACACGAUCGAUCAAAACUGGAGAAGAGGUGACUUUGUCAUACCUUGGAGACCGUGCUUAUACUCAACCAGAAACCACAAGGAGACAAAAAGUUCUAUGCAACUUCUACUUCCUCUGCCACUGUGUUGCAUGUGAGGGGAAAUGGUCUGAACUUAUCCACGUCAGUUCCAAGAGGACCUUCAAAUGCCUUGCUUGUGGGGGACCAGUCAGUCUUAGGCUCAAGACCUGCAUGGAUUGUGGCUUGGAUUUCCUAAAAUCCAGUGGAGAAAAUGUAUAUGAUCUUGACGAGAUUGGGAAUAAGAUAAGUCAGGGAACCCAAAUCUUAAUGACAAGAUUAUUACAUUAUCCGGCACAUAAGUUGUCUAAGAUAGACCUCAAAAGUCUGAUAUCAGUUAUAGAGAUUUUUGACAAGUAUGUUUACCCACCUGAUGAGGUGCAUGAAGCUGCUCAAAGAAUGCUUGUUGAAUGGUUCACAAUCACGUCAAGACACUACAUAAGAAUGGAAGGUUUUUAA